CUCUCUAUAGCGAACGCAGACGCUUCUGGUUGCUUCCUCGGAAAUAAUUGUUUAAGUCUGCUCUGUCGAGCUUUAAAACCAAUUCCCCAGGAUAUAUUUCAGUGAAAGAGGUUUCAGUUAAGGUAAACAAAACCCCAAAACAUUCCCCAAACAAGAUGACUUCCUUAGACAUGAGUCCUGCGUCGAAAAAAGAGGUUGAUGGGUUUACAAAGAAGCUCACCAGAGAGGCAGAGCAGCUCGUCUCAACUUUCUUCCCUCAGAUGAUUGCAGAAAUGGACAACCUACUCCAGGUGUCGCUGGUUUUGGAAGACCUUUCUGCUCUCAGAGCUCCGCUGGACAUCCCAAUACCAGACCCUGCCAAAGAGGAGCUUAAGAGAAAGAAGAAAGAAGAGAAAAAAGAAAAGGAGGGAAAGAAAUCUGACGAGGAAGACGAAGCAGGUCCUCCCUGUGGUCCCGUAGCCAGUAACGAGAAAGUGGACAAUCUCAUCAAAGAGAUAAAACCCCACAUCCAGACGCUGAAGGAGAAACUCAAUACAGUGUCCAUGUGGGUACAGCUGCAGAUCCCCAGGAUUGAGGAUGGGAACAACUUUGGUGUUGCUGUGCAGGAAAAGGUAUUCGAGCUGCUUACCAACACCCGCACCAAGAUCGAAGGGUUCCAGACACAGAUCACGAAGUAUUACAGCGAGAGAGGAGAUGCUGUGGCCAAGGCUUCCAAACAGCCACAUGUGGGUGAUUACAGGCAGCUUGUUCACGAGUUGGAUCAGCACCAGUACUGUGAGCUACGCAUCGUGGUUCUGGAGAUCCGCAACAUAUAUGCCGUGCUGUUUGACGUCAUCACCAAGAACUACGACAAGAUUAAGAAGCCCAGAGGAGAUUGCAAAGCCCUUAUCUACUGAGAAACAAACCGCCAUCAGCACUCGUGAUACAUGCGCUCAGAACGAAAGAGAAACGUUGCAUAUUAGAUUUCAUUUUGCGAUGCUUCCUCACGUUCAAGCACAAAGUAGAAACAGAUGUGAAAUUGCCUUUGAUCAUCUUUACAUAAUAAAGCAGUGACAUUGUGUAAA